AUGUUCUAUGACCUGAACGUACCCUACAGCCCAGGUGAUCCUGAGGCCUCCGCAACGCUCAGCUUCCUUGCCGAAUUGGGCUACACAACGGUCGCUCUUUCGCAGACGAUUACCGGAAAACUUCCCCCAAAUCCUACACCCCCGGCGCUUCCCAGCGACAUUCCGAAAGGCCUUUCAGUCCUCACGCGCCUCAACUUGCCCCUCUCCGAUCCCGCACAGAAUCAGCGCCUCACCAGCAUAGCUCAAGCCUACGACUUGGUCGCCCUACGCCCAAGUAACGAGAAAGCGUUAUUGAAUGCAUGUACAAAUGCGGAAUGCGAUAUCAUUUCCCUGGACCUGUCCGUCAGGCAUCCCUAUCACUUCAAGUUUAAGAUGCUCUCGGCUGCCAUCGCACGCGGUAUCCGCUUUGAGAUAUGCUACGGACCGGGAAUCACAGGAAGUGGACUAGAGCCACGCCGGAAUCUCAUCGGUAACGCAAUGUCCUUGAUUCGCGCAACCCGCGGGCGGGGCAUCAUAGUGUCAAGUGAGGCCAAGAAAGCAUUAGGCGUGCGGGCUCCGUUCGAUGUGGUCAAUCUAGCAUGCGUGUGGGGCCUGUCACAGGAGCUCGGUAAAGAGGCGAUCUGCGCAGAAUCACGAAAAGUCGUCGCUCUAGCCCAGCUAAAGCGAACCAGCUGGCGCGGUAUUAUCGAUGUUGUUGAUGGCGGACAAAUACCUCCCCCGAAGUCAAAUGCUCCCGCAGUUGGCACGAGUGGCAGUGGAUCCAAGUCUAAGACAGAGAGUAACGGCGACAACUUGAAAAGGAAGGCAUCGGUUGGUGCGGAGCCAGUCGCAGACGCAGCCGAUAAGCCUCUUUCUAAGCGCGAGAUGAAACGUCGAUCCAAGAAAGCUCGAUUAGAGGCAGCCCUAGGAGGUUCUGAUGCAUCCCCAGCAACUUGA